CCCGUCCGUCCUUUGCGAGAGAGGAAACACCACGCUUUCCAUCCUGCGACGCCAUCGGCUAAUCGUGUCGCUCGCAUUGCGGUUGUCGUGUUUGAGACUCUUUGUACACCCUUCCUCUCCUACCUUACUCUUUCUCUCCCUCUUACCCACAUUGCCGUCCUUCGAGGCGUCAGCCGAGUCUCGAUCCUCAGCAAGUUUGGCAUGACUUCACAUCGCUAGCUUUGUCGAAUUAAGACUACAAUCUUUCUCUGCAAUCCACCCAACCCUUCGAUUGUAUCGAUUGAAAGAGGAGGGGCCUAGCUGGCUGCGGAUUUCAAUUGCGCCAUCUUUUCCAGCUUGUUCAGCCACUGCUCACACCUUAAAGCCCUACACAACGUGGUUUGAGUCAUCUCUACAAAUAUUGAAGCCCAUUGGCAGUGGUCACUAUGGCCUUGGUCCCUCAUCCCUCGCCACCAGGCGUGCUGGGUCUCCAACCACCUCAUUUGGGCCAGUAUAACGGAGCCGCACCCGUCGAUGCUCACAUGCAACGACAACGACUACUCUCUCAGCUCAACGAGUCAACCUGGCAGAGGAUUGGUUCACUGAAUGAACUGCUCGGUAAUCAUGACGAAGCACUAUUUGCCUACGAGCAAGCUUUGCGACACAACCAAUGGUCACCACAGACACUCAAUGCUAUCUCAUGUAUCCUUCGUACCAAGGAGAAAUACCCAGAGGCCAUGGAGUAUUUGAGGAACAUUCUCAAAGUCGAGAAUGCCAAUGGCGAGGCGUGGGGCAAUCUAGGUCACUGCUACUUGAUGAUGGACAACCUGCAAGAAGCGUACACCGCAUAUCAACAAGCACUAUACUAUCUUCCUGAUCCCAAGGAACCAAAAUUAUGGUACGGCAUUGGUAUUCUCUAUGACCGCUACGGCUCUCUCGAGCAUGCCGAGGAAGCCUUCUCACAGGUUAUGAGAAUGCAACCAGACUUCGAAAAGGCAAACGAAAUCUAUUUCAGACUUGGAAUAAUUUACAAACAGCAACAAAAAUUCCAGCAAAGUCUCGAGUGUUUCAAAUACAUUGUCAACGAUCCUCCACGACCACUAAAUGAGGAAGACAUCUGGUUCCAGAUUGGUCACGUCUAUGAGCAACAAAAAGAUUUCGAAGCUGCCAAGGCCGCCUACCGACGAGUACUUGAGAGAGAUCCAAAACAUGCCAAAGUGUUACAACAGCUCGGAUGGUUGCAUCACCAACAGAGCAACAGUUACGCCAGUCAAGAUCAAGCAAUCGAAUAUCUCGAGCAAUCGGUCAGCUCUGACAAUCAAGACGCGCAGAGUUGGUAUCUACUGGGACGUUGCUACAUGGCUCAACAGAAAUUUCCCAAAGCUUAUGAGGCUUACCAACAGGCAGUCUACCGUGAUGGCCGCAACCCUACCUUCUGGUGCUCCAUCGGCGUGUUGUAUUACCAGAUUAACCAAUAUCGUGAUGCCCUUGAUGCAUACUCCCGUGCAAUUCGCUUGAACCCUUAUAUUUCGGAAGUCUGGUACGACUUGGGAACGCUGUACGAAUCGUGCAACAAUCAAACCUCUGAUGCCCUUGAUGCAUACGCUCGUGCUGCCGAGCUUGACCCAACCAACACUCACAUCAAAGCGCGCCUUGCUUUGCUCAGAAGCGGACAGCCCACUGGACCUAACCAGCAGAACGCCCCGGUUCCCCAGGAUGUUCACCCACAGGCAUAUCAAAACGGUGUUGGCGUUCCCCCAGGACCUCAAUGGGGUGGACCUGCAUCUUCGAACCAGCAAUCACAAGCACCACCUGUUGAUCCUGCCAGAGUUCAUGACUGGACAAGAGGCAUUGCAGGUAUUCAACAGCCCCCGCCACAGGCAAAUGGGUACGACAACCGUGACACAAUGAGAGCUCCACCUCCACGUGCUCCCAGCCCACGCAGUGAACCUCGUCCUUACGAUUCUGCCCGUCAGACUCCCUCAAGGAAAGCUCAAUCCCCGUCGCCUAAGAUGCAACCUGGAAUGUAUCCACCUGGCCCUCAAACUUUGCCACAGAUUUCUCUGCAAGAUCGAGGUCCUGGUUUCGGGGCUGGCGUGCGCCCUUCCCCUACUAUGAACGGUGCUCCUCUCCCUCCCGCCAAUGGCGCUACACCCAACAACACACUCCCUCCGUACGGACGACCUUUCAGCCCUCCUAGCGAGCUGAGACCUAUCCGGGAUGAGCGGCCGCCAUCACCGGGCUCUGGUUUCCGACCACAACCCUUCCAAUCUGGACCCUUUCCCAGCAUUGCCAACGGCGUGCCGUCGGUUGCACCGCCUCUCCCAGCCGCAGAACCACCCAGAGAGGACCGACCAUCUUCAGCCAUGAAGCGGUCGAGAGAUUGGGAGCCUGAAGGCCCUUCGAAGAAGAUUGCCAAUGACGAGACUCGUGCUCGCCUGGACGAUCCUAGCCGGCGAAACAGUCCUCCUGGAAGACUCCCCUCGCCGAAAGAUCAUUUUCGACGCAGCUCCUCUGAGGUGCGUCGUGAGAACGAACGACGUGCCAACGAGAACUACCACCCGUCUGAAGCUGCCCAUCAUCCCUACAGUCUUGCGCCUCAGCCUCAACUCCCCGCGCAACCGCAGCCACAGCCGCAGCAGCAGCAGAUACCUUCGAUGCAGACCUUUUUAGAAGGCUCCAAAGAAGAUCGUCCAGAGAAUGUUGAACAAGCUGCUCGAAAAGUUGAUGUCGAUGAAGACUACGACAACAACAGCGAAGAUGACAAGCGAGCAGGUACUGUAGCCACGAGCAGUCCUCAAGUCGCUGCACCCCCUCCCUCAGCCACCCCUAAGCAGGAGACUGCAGCGUAGGAUUGUUAUCCAUUACUGUUUUCCUAUUGCAAAAUUAUCCUUAGCAGCCGCAAGCCGGCUGUUGUAUGGCAAACCAGGGUUCAGGAAGAUACUCGAACAAGGGAAAAGUCUCCCCUUUUACAUCAGGGACUGGUUGCGUUUCAAUUGUACAGAACUUUCAAUAACAUUAUUCUCAGCCACAAUGAAAUUAUGAUUGCGUUAUCA